AUGGGUAAUGUUCCUUCCAGUUUGCUAGAAGACUUAUCCGAAGGAACCAAUUUUGGAACCGAGGAGAUAGACAGGCUCGCCAAGAGAUUCAUGAAACUGGACAAGGACAAUUCGGGAGCCAUUGAUAAAGAGGAAUUUCUCUCAAUACCCGGAAUAGGGCAGAAUCCAUUAGCUAAAAGGGUCAUCGACAUCUUCGAUGAAAAUAAGGGGGGAGACAUCGACUUCAAAGAAUUUGUUACGGGACUAUCAGCAUUCAGCUCUAGUGGGUCUGUCGAGGAUAAAUUGAAGUUUUUAUUCAAAGUUUACGAUAUCGAUAAUGAUGGAUACAUAUCAAAUGGCGAGUUGUUUCUUGUUUUAAGGAUGAUGGUUGCAAGCUCGCUCACCGAUAUACAACUACAGCAGCUUGUUGAUAGGACUAUAAUGGAGAGCGAUGAUGAUGGUGAUGGACGCCUAAGCUUUGAGGAAUUCAAGAAAAUCAUAGAGAGUACGACAGAUGUAACGAAGAAGCUCUCUUUGGGAGAUAAGAUAUAA